UUGUCAGGAUUUAAACUGGACCAAACUGAGUCAUCCAUCGGUCGAAAAAGCAAGGAUAAAGUCUCCAGGCCGGUGUCUUCUUUAGCCUACAUCUGUCCAGAGGGCCUGGCCUCUUUACACCACCCAUACAACUUGGCUAGUGAAAUAUACAGCUUUGGGAUUGUGCUAUGGGAGAUCGCAACUGGGAAGCUCCCCUUUACAGGCUGCAACUCUCAAGAAAUCUAUGAGAAGGUUCAUAAGCAAAAAGUACAGGAGCCUUUGUCAGAAGACUGCCCGCCCUAUUUACGGGAAAUCAUCAACCAGUGUCGCAGUUAUAACCCUUCCAAGCGCCCAACUACUGAAGUUAUUGUGAACCAACUCCUCAUUGACCAGGAUGAUAAUGGCAGCAACUUCAUGAGUGAAAAUCAGUGAUUGUGGGAGAUACGUUCUAUCAUCUGAACUGUCUCUCUUUUUUCCUACGUUGUUAAGUAAGCUCCCCGUUGGAAGAGUGA